CCCUCUCCUCAUCUGAAAGAAGAGAAGGGGGAGUUGAGGGGGGAAAAAAGUUUCACUCCCAGAUCAGGGAAGGGACAGGGGAACAUCACUUUUUUUGGGGAGGGUGGGGGGAAGGAAGGAGACCCCGGAAGGAGGAGCAGGGAGAAGGACUAAGGAAGAAGGGAAGGAAGGCAAGUGAGUGCUAGAGGAGGCAUCAAGAAGACCAUAACUCCUUGGAGAGGGCACCGAGACAUCCCCAAAAGCCAGCAAAGCAACCUCCUCCUCCUUCCUCAUUCCUCCUCCUCCUCUUCUUCUUCCUCCUCCUCUUCUUCUCCUUUUAAUUCUCCUCUUCUGUUUCCCCCUUUUUGCAAAGAGGCAGAGCAGCCGAGAAGAAACUUUCCGCCUCUCUCUGUCUCCAUCCCAAGCAAACUAACUUUUUUGGAAACCCAUGGCUUUAUAAAGUGUGCGCACUCCUCUGGGGGUGGGUGGGGAGGGGAAUCUGGUUAUUUAAUAUUUUAUAUAAAUAUAUAUAUUGAAAAGAGAGAGAGAGAAAGAGCGAAUAUUGCACCAGCCUUGAGGUUUGCGUCUUUUGCACAAGCCCAAAAUCCCGCUUUUGCCUUGGCGGACCAUGGAUACACACACGAGAUGGAAACGGAGGACUUGGAUGCUGGGAUCUGUAGUGCUGUUGUUAGUCUAUGCCGUCGGCCAGAGCCACGCAGCGGAACCUGCUGAUCUCUUGAAGGUAUUAGAUUUUCACAAUUUGCCCGACGGCAUCUCCAAAACAACAGGUUUUUGCACAAGCCGGAGGUCUUCCAAAGGAGCAGAUGUGGCGUACCGAGUCACAAAAGAUGCCCAGCUGAGUGCCCCAACCAAACAGCUCUACCCUGCAUCUCCAUUUCCGGAAGAUUUCUCAAUCCUAACCACUGUAAAAGCAAAGAAGGGAAGCCAGUCUUUUCUGCUCUCUAUUUACAAUGAGCAAGGCAUCCAGCAGAUUGGCAUGGAGAUGGGCAGGUCUCCUGUAUUCCUGUAUGAAGACCACACAGGGAAGCCCGGUCCUGAAGAUUACCCUUUGUUCCGGGGCAUCAACCUAUCAGAUGGCAAGUGGCAUCGGAUAGCCAUCAGCGUCCACCAGAAGAACGUCACCUUGAUUUUGGAUUGUAAAAAGAAAAUCACUAAGUUCUUGGACCGGAGUGACCAUCCCAUCAUCGAUGUCAAUGGCAUCAUUGUCUUUGGAACAAGGAUCUUGGAUGAAGAAGUCUUUGAGGGUGACAUCCAACAACUCCUCCUGGUGUCAGAUCAUCGGGCGGCCUACGAUUAUUGCGAGCACUACAGCCCCGAUUGUGAUACGGCUGUUCCGGAUUCGCCGCAAUCCCAAGAUCCCAGUCCAGAUGAAUACUACACAGAUGGAGAUGGCAACCUGGAAGCUGAAGGAGAAACCUACUAUUAUGAAUACCCCUACUACGAGGACACUGAUGAUACGGGAAAAGUCAUUCCACCGACUACCCAACCUGUGGAAAUUGAAGAAGUAGCCAGGGAAAGGACUGAAACCACUGAGGAAGUUGCCCCUCCCGCCACCCAACCCCCAUCAGUUGUGGAGAGCACCUUGGAGGAGAACAAGGAGGAUGAGAAGGUGGACGACCCACUGGUGGACGAGUAUAACUACGGAACCCUGCCUGAUGAAUACUACACGCCACUUCCAUAUGAGGACGUCAACUAUGAAGACAUUGACAAUUUGGAUAAGUUUACCGAAGAGGGCGUUGAGGCCGAAGUCCCCACGAGCACCGUCAUCACCUACAACGAAACUGAUGCUGGAAUAACAGGGAAUGAAGGCGAAGAUAUCGACAAAGACUUCACUGUGGAUACCCUGAAAGAGUACGACGACGGCUAUUACGACGGAGGCUACUACGACAGGACCGACUCGCCCGACAUUGGACCCGGGAUGCCUGCAAACCAGGACACCAUUUACGAAGGGAUUGGCGGGCCACGAGGUGAAAAGGGACAGAAAGGGGAGCCAGCGAUCAUUGAACCGGGGAUGCUCAUAGAAGGCCCGUCAGGCCCAGAAGGUCCAGCAGGUCUUCCAGGUCCUCCAGGAACAACCGGGCCAACAGGCCCAAUAGGAGAUCCCGGAGAAAGGGGUCCUCCUGGACGGGCAGGGCUUCCCGGAGCAGAUGGUUUGCCUGGACCUCCUGGGACCAUGCUUAUGCUUCCAUUCCGGUUCAGCGGAGGAGGAGACGGUGGAUCCAAGGGCCCCAUGGUGUCUGCUCAAGAAUCUCAGGCCCAAGCUAUCCUACAACAGGCUAGGCUGGCACUGAGAGGACCAGCUGGCCCAAUGGGACUGACUGGGAGACCAGGCCCUCUGGGACCCCCAGGUGGUAGUGGGAUCAAAGGCGAAUCAGGAGAUAUGGGGCCGCAGGGUCCACGAGGUGUCCAAGGCCCUCCAGGUCCAUCAGGAAAGCCAGGACGUCGGGGACGUGCCGGUAGCGAUGGCGCCCGAGGGAUGCCAGGCCAGACAGGGCCAAAGGGUGAUAGAGGUUUUGAUGGACUGGCCGGACUACCCGGGGAGAAAGGCCACAGGGGAGAUCCCGGCCCUUCAGGUCCUCCAGGAUCCCCAGGUGACGACGGGGACAGGGGAGACGAUGGAGAAGUUGGACCAAGAGGACUUCCUGGUGAACCCGGCCCUCGUGGUUUGCUGGGACCAAAAGGACCGCCUGGUCCACCAGGACCUCCGGGCAUUGCUGGAAUGGAUGGACAAUCCGGACCCAAGGGGAAUGUGGGUCCUCAAGGUGAGCCUGGGCCACCAGGUCAACAAGGAAAUCCAGGUGCUCAGGGUCUCCCAGGUCCUCAAGGCGCCAUUGGCCCACCAGGAGACAAGGGUCCUCUAGGAAAACCAGGACUUCCAGGCAUGCCAGGAGCAGACGGCCCCCCAGGUCAUCCUGGAAAAGAAGGUCCUUCGGGUGAGAAGGGAACUCAGGGACCUGCUGGCCCUCAAGGCCCAAUCGGAUAUCCUGGACCCCGUGGUGUCAAGGGAGCCGAUGGGGUCCGCGGCUUGAAAGGAACCAAGGGCGAGAAGGGUGAAGAUGGCUUCCCAGGUUUCAAAGGUGACAUGGGCAUCAAAGGAGACAGGGGUGAAAUUGGCCCUCCUGGUCCAAGGGGUGAAGAUGGGCCCGAAGGUCCAAAAGGUCGUGGUGGGCCCAAUGGGGAACCUGGCCCAUUAGGUCCUUCAGGAGAAAAGGGUAAACUUGGAGUUCCUGGUUUGCCGGGUUACCCUGGAAGAAUCGGGCCAAAGGGAUCUACUGGAUUUCCAGGAUUUCCAGGAGCCAACGGAGAGAAAGGCACAAGGGGCACCCCUGGAAAACCGGGACCAAGAGGGCAACGAGGACCAACGGGUCCCCGAGGAGAACGUGGGCAGCGAGGUAUCACCGGGAAGCCAGGACCAAAGGGGAAUUCUGGUGGUGACGGCCCCCCGGGUCCACCAGGAGAAAGGGGUCCUCCAGGGACCCAAGGACCUACUGGAUUUCCCGGACCAAAAGGCCCUCCAGGCCCACCAGGAAAAGAUGGGCUUCCAGGCCAUCCCGGGCAGAGAGGUGAAACGGGUUUCCAAGGGAAGACAGGACCCCCUGGACCUCCCGGAGUUGUGGGUCCUCAGGGUCCUACUGGAGAAACGGGUCCAAUGGGAGAGCGUGGCCACCCUGGCCCUCCUGGGCCCCCAGGUGAGCAAGGACUUCCUGGGCUGGCUGGAAAGGAAGGAACAAAGGGUGAUCCAGGACCUGCUGGUCUUCCUGGGAAAGAUGGCCCAGCUGGUUUGAGAGGCUUCCCUGGAGACCGAGGCCUUCCUGGACCAAUUGGACCCGUUGGGCUGAAGGGCAAUGAAGGACCACCAGGUCCUCCUGGACCAGCGGGUUCUCCUGGUGAACGAGGUCCUGCUGGAGCUGCUGGUCCAAUCGGUCUACCAGGAAGGCCCGGACCCCAAGGCCCACCAGGUCCUGCUGGUGAGAAAGGAGCCCCGGGUGAGAAAGGUCCUCAAGGUCCAGCAGGUCGUGAUGGUAUCCAAGGACCAGUAGGUCUCCCAGGACCUGCAGGUCCUGUUGGCCCUCCAGGUGAAGAUGGAGACAAGGGGGAAAUUGGUGAACCCGGACAAAAGGGAAGCAAAGGGGACAAAGGUGAACAGGGUCCGCCAGGUCCUACAGGUCCACAAGGUCAGAUCGGCCAACCAGGCCCAGCGGGAGCCGACGGAGAGCCAGGCCCUCGAGGACAACAAGGUCUUUUUGGUCAGAAAGGCGAUGAAGGAUCGAGAGGAUUCCCUGGACCUCCGGGGCCAGUCGGACUGCAGGGUUUACCUGGACCUCCUGGUGAAAAGGGAGAAACGGGUGAUGUUGGCCAAAUGGGUCCACCAGGGCCACCAGGGCCCCGAGGUCCAUCUGGGGCCCCUGGAGCUGAUGGGCCACAAGGUCCACCAGGUGGGAUUGGUAAUCCUGGAGCAGUCGGUGAGAAGGGUGAACCUGGAGAAUCUGGAGAACCUGGUCUACCUGGAGAUGGUGGACCUCCUGGUCCUAAAGGAGAGAGAGGAGAAAAGGGAGAAGCUGGUCCUUCUGGGGCCGCUGGUCCUCCUGGCCCCAAAGGACCUCCAGGUGAUGACGGUCCAAAAGGUAGCCCUGGUCCAGUUGGCUUCCCUGGUGACCCAGGUCCUCCAGGUGAACCUGGUCCAGCUGGUCAAGAUGGUCCACCAGGUGAUAAAGGUGAUGAUGGUGAAUCUGGACAAACGGGCUCCCCUGGUCCAACUGGAGAACCUGGUCCUUCCGGCCCACCAGGGAAAAGAGGCCCACCCGGACCAGCAGGUCCUGAAGGCCGACAAGGAGAAAAAGGUGCCAAGGGUGAAGGUGGCUUGGAAGGUCCUCCUGGGAAGACAGGUCCAGUUGGACCUCAGGGACCUCCAGGGAAACCUGGUCCAGAUGGCCUUCGGGGAAUACCCGGCCCAGUUGGUGAACAAGGACUUCCUGGUUCACCAGGGCCAGAUGGACCUCCAGGCCCGAUGGGCCCACCUGGUUUACCCGGAUUGAAAGGAGAUUCGGGUCCAAAGGGAGAAAAGGGACAUCCAGGUCUGAUUGGCCUGAUUGGUCCUCCUGGCGAGCAAGGAGAGAAAGGAGACCGCGGCCUCCCAGGUCCUCAAGGUGGAUCAGGAGCUAAAGGAGAACAGGGUAUUUCAGGUCCUUCUGGUCCAAUUGGCCCACCUGGUCCACCAGGAUUAACGGGUCCUCCCGGUCCAAAAGGUGCUAAAGGAUCUUCGGGUCCGACAGGUCCAAAGGGUGAAAUGGGCCAUCCUGGACUACCAGGACCUCCUGGACCUCCUGGAGAAGUGAUCCAACCGUUACCAAUCCAGUCAUCGAAGCGUACCCGAAGAAACAUUGAUGCCAGCCAGUUGGUGGACGAUGCUCCCAACACAGACAACUACAUGGAUUAUGCCGAUGGUAUGGAGGAAAUCUUUGGCUCGCUAAACUCUUUGAAACUGGAAAUUGAGCAGAUGAAACAUCCCUUGGGUACCCAGCACAACCCGGCGCGUACCUGCAAAGACCUCCAGCUUUGUCAUCCCGACUUCCCAGAUGGUGAAUACUGGGUGGAUCCGAACCAAGGCUGUUCCAGGGAUUCCUUCAAAGUUUACUGUAACUUUACAGCUGGUGGUGAAACUUGCAUUUUCCCGGAUAAGAAAUCAGAAGGAGCUAGAAUUACUUCCUGGCCAAAGGAAAACCCUGGCUCCUGGUUCAGUGAAUUCAAGCGUGGUAAACUGCUCUCCUACGUCGAUUCAGAAGGCAACCCUAUCGGCGUGGUGCAGAUGACCUUCCUGAGGCUCUUGACUGCUUCAGCCCACCAGAACAUUACCUACAACUGCUACCAGUCCGUGGCGUGGCACGACGACGCCACCGGCAACUACGACAAGGCCAUCCGCUUCCUGGGCUCCAAUGACGAAGAGAUGUCCUACGACAACAACCCUUUCAUCAGGGCGGUCCUUGACGGUUGUGCAGCAAGGAAGGGCUACCAGAAGACCGUGUUAGAGAUCAACACCCCGAAAGUGGAGCAAAUCCCCAUUGUGGACAUCAUGUUCAAUGACUUUGGAGAAGCGUCGCAGAAGUUCGGGUUCGAGGUGGGACCGGCUUGCUUCAUGGGCUAAGGACGGCCCCACGGGAAACAACGUCUUCCAAAAUGAGCAACCUCGUAACCUCAUUGUGCCUUCUCAUUUUUAAAAAAAUGGUCACCGUCACGUGCACGUUUUGAAACUGGACAGUUUUGAUGGGUUUAUUGUCUUCUUUGUUUCUCUUUUGUUUUGCCGGAGGCCUGACUCUGCCUGGGAAUAAGCCAAAGCCUCUGACCGAAGAUGGAAACCGUUCCCCAGAGCAGACCGUUCCCGUCUCAGAAUCACAUGACCUAAAAUUAUAAUCUAUUUCCAAAAACCAGCCUCUUCCUCUGACGUAUCCUUUCUCUUUCUGCGCAUCUUCUUGGAGACCACUGAAGGCCUCGGCUUCCUGUCUUUGAAUGUAUGGCUCUUCGUCGCCAUCGGAAACACUUUGGCCACGAAACGUUGGUCACUUUCAACAGCCUCGACUUUCUGCAAAGUUCCACCAACACCAUAGGAAAACAGCAUGAUCCGGUUCCUAUUUCUUGAAGACUCUCAAGGACAUCGCUAGAUAGGAUUUUACAUCUUCCCUGGGGUUUCAAUCAGAACCCAUGCAGAAUACCCCCUAAACGUGUCAUUAAAAUCAAAGGCUCAGGUCCCAAAAGUAGCAACUCGUACCAAAUACACUUCCUUUUUUGACAAAACGAAACAAAAAUAAUAUUGCCAGGUUCUGACUGUAUACCCCAUAUGAUAAAGGUGCUUCUAUUUUUGUAUUUUGUAAGUAAAUAUUUGUAUAUUAUUAUAUUAAAUAUAAAGUGUUUCCGGGUUCAAAACAUGCAUGUGUCACGCCCAUCUGCCCCAUCCGUCAUCAAAGGUCCCCCAAACCUCCAAGACUCCUCGAAAACAAAUGUUCACUGCAGCCUUAUGGGAUGCAUAUUUCCCCAAAAUUUAAUUUCCUCUGGAUUUUAAUCAACUUAAUGCCCAGUGCCAUCCUUUACUCAUAUUGUUCUUGAAGGAUGCAAUGAGUCAAUUUUAGCCAUUUACUCCAAGAAAAAGUCUGAAAACUGCUAUUUGCGGCUCAAGGCUUAUUCUGUGCAAAAUCCACGCAAUGCAUUCUUUUGUGCGCAGAAAACAGAUUUGUGGCUUUUUCUGCACAGAAAACAAUAUUUUCUCAAAGUAAUUUUCACCCGUUAUUACUCUCAUGAGACAACCUUUGAAAACUAUAGUUUGGGAAGACUUCUUCCAGUCCAUAUUGUCAGUCCACAAAGUUGGAUUGCAAUGAACGUUACGCCCAGCGCAAUCCUUUGCUCGGGUUGUUCUUGAAGGAAGCAACAAGUCAAUUUUAGCCAUUUACUCUGAGAAAACUAUAGUUUGGGAAGACUUCUUUCAAUCCACAUUGUCAGUCCACAAAGUUGGAUUGCAAUGAACUAAAUACACGCAAUGCAUUUUUUGUGCGCAGAAAACAGAAACGUGACUUUUUCUGCACAGAAAACAGUAUUUUCUCAAAGUAAUUUCCAUCCGUUAUAACUUCCAUGAGACAACCUUUGAAAACUGUAGUUUGGGAAGACUUCUUUCAGUCCACAUUGUCAGUCCACAAAGUUGGAUUGCAAUCGUUAUGCCCAGUGCAAUCCUUCGCUCAUGUUGUUCUUGAAGGAAGCAACGAUUCCAUUUUAGCCAUUUACUCCAAAAAAAAAAGUCCGAAAACUGCAGGUUUUGGAGAUUAUUUGCUGCUCAAGUCUCAUUCUGUGCAAAAUCCAAGCAAUGCAUUUUUGUGCGCAGAAAACAGAAAUGUGGCUUUUUCUGCACAGAAAACAAUAUUUUCUCAAAGUAAUGUUCACCCGUUAUUACUCCCAUGAGACAACCUUUGAAAACUAUAGUUUGGGACUUCUUUCAGUCCACAAAGUUGGAUUGCAAUCAACUUUACGCCCAGUGCAAUCCUUUGCUCGUGUUGUUCUUGAAGGAAGCAACGAGUCCAUUUUAGCAA